CGAAGCGGGGAGGCCAAGAAUUUUAUAAAUCAAUUCUUGUCUAUGCCCCGAGCUGGCAAUUGGCAUAUUCAACUAAUUUGUAUAUACAGUGUACAUAGAGAUGAGCACACAAACUCGUUCAGGCGGCGGUGGCGGAGGAGGCGGCAGCAGUCGCAGCCAGAAAAAGUCAAAUUCCGCCAAUGUUGGCGGGGGCACGGCCCACGAUGCAGCCCCACAUGCAGCAGCGAACAGGAAAGGCGACGCUAAUAAGACAGAUAAACCAGAGAAGGCCCAGCCCAAGGCCACCACGGAACAGUUGCGCAUCGCCCAGAUUACCAACAGCACCACAGAGGAUCCACAGAUCAACGAAAAGGUUACCCUCUUACUGACCAUGACUCAACGUUCCGAGGAGGAGGUGUGUUGCGCCCUCAACGAGUGCGACUACGACUUGGAAGCAGCAGCCAACUUCUUGAUCGAGGAGCUCCCUCAGGGCGCCUUUGCGAAGUACGAGAAGAAGCGGAAGAGGCCUGCAAGCACUGCUGCCGAUGGUGCCGCUGGCGAUGGUGAGUGGGCCGAUGGCAAUGCAAAUGCGGACAAGCGCGAAAAUACCCGGAACCGCAGCUCGAACCGCGGCGGCGGACGCGGCGGCACUGACAGCCGUGGAUGGCGCGGCAGAGAGACCCGCGAGAACGAGCGCAACACUCGGGAAUCUCGCGGCGGCGGUGGGGAACGCGGCGGCGAACGUGGUGAUGACCGGGCAAACGACAACUAUCGCGGCCAGCGCAACGGCGGACGAAGUGCGCCCGGAGGCGGUGGUGGACGCGGAGGCGGCUUCGUUUCACGCUCUGGACGCGGAGGAGGUCGCAUGGGAGGUCGUAGCAGUGGCCCACGCGGAGAUCGCACCAGUGGCAGCGGUGGCUUUGGAGCAGGACGCAGUAGUAAUGCCAACGAGGACCACCACGAGGUGGAGCUCUGGGACAACACCAUUGCGCAGAAUGCCGAGAAACAGCAGCCUGGCCACGACGAUUCCUGGGGCGACUGGAACAACGAGGAGUACGAGGGCUCCCUCAAGGACAGCAAAGUGUUCACCACCAGCAAUCUGUCCACACAGACGGCCGCCACCGUGGUCAGCGGAGGAGGUGCCGGUGCAGCAUCAAGUACUGGAUCUGGGGGCGAGCUUUCGGCCCCGCCAGGACUGGAGCAUCAUCUGGGCAGCAGUGUCCUGGCCCAAGGAUCUCAUCUGGGUGCUCUGGUAUCGUCGGUCGCAGCUGGAACAAGUGGCGAGGACAACAGUGGUAGCAGUGGGCCGCCGGCAACACCGCCGUCAGUGCUGUUGGGCUCGGCCACCACGCCGCUCCUCCAGUACAGCGCCGCGGUCAGCAAUCCACCGCCCCAGAUGCAGUCGCAGGGCACGCAGCACAGCAGCGGCGGAGGCACUGCCGCUGGUGGUGGGGGCAGCGCUUCAUCAUCCUUCGUAUCCGCCGCAUCAGACACAUUCACAAGCGCCGCCUCGGCAGCAGCCACGUUAGUGCAGCAGGCCCAGCAGCAGCAACAGCUUCAGCAGACGACUCCCAUAAAGCCGUCGGCUACCCUUUCGGUGGAGCAAUCUCAGUAUUUCAACUCCCUGGCCAGCCAGGGCGUCAGUCCCGGAUCCACUGCCGUGCAGCCAACGCCAGCUGGAUAUGCCCCAAGCUCUGCCACCGCCUACUCCCAGACGAGUACGAGCGUGGGUGGCGGUGGGGGCGUGGGUGGUAGCCCGUACCCCAGCACGUAUGCGAAUGUGUUUGGCUCGACAGCUGGUGAUCAGUCGCAGCAGCAGACGCAAGUGAGGAGGGCACGCGUCAAGCUGCCGCCUCCCUCGAAGAUCCCGGCGACCGCGGUAGAGAUGCCCGGCGACAAUGCCCUGAACAACAUUGGCUACCUGGAUGUGCAAUUCGGUGCUCUGGACUUUGGCACGGACGACAGCUUCGACUCCAUGCCAGAGAAGUUCAACGCGAGCGUCGAGCAGAAGCAGCAGCAGGACGACUAUCAGAACAAGUCUCAGCAGCAGCAGCAGCAGCAGUCGACUCUGACAGCGGGCCUGCAAAGUUCUCAAAUUGGUGAUGCCUUAAGUGCUGCCGGCUAUGCGGCCCGUUCAACGGCGCAGCAACAGCAGCAGAGUGCUAACUCGACUGUCGCCAGCAAUGCCCUGGAUCAACUGACCAAGAACGAUCCGUACGGGCAGGCAAGCAGUGCGGGCAGUGCCUAUCAGAAUGCGUACCAGAGCAGUGCGGCCAGUAAGGCGAACAGUGCCUACCAGACGUCGGCGCAGGGGGGCUACGGCAGCUCCAGCUAUGCGAAUGUCCAGUCGUCGGUGGCGAACAGCUACCAGCAGCAGGGGUAUGGCUCGUACCAGCCAAGUGUCAACUCCUACCAGCAGCAGCAGACUGUCGCCGGGACGCAGCCUUCCGUGGGUAGUGGUGUGCCCGGAAGUGGGUCAGCGUCAACGCAAAACAUUCCGGUCGGCGGAAGUGCCAGCCAGAACAGCUCCAGCGGUAAUGCCAGCUCCGCGUAUCUCACAUCGGGAUACUCGACGCCACAAAGCGCUUACCAGUCCAGCCAGAGUGUCUAUGGCAACAGUAGCGGGUUUGCUGGCAGCGCGAGCAACGCGUCUUCGCAGUACGCCAGCUUUGGUACCAGCGCCAAACUCAAGGAUGCCUCUACAGCCAGCGGCGCCGCGCACUACGACAGUGUGUCGACGAGCAGCGGCGUGAGUAGCAGCAGCGGCAGCACGGGCAACGGAGCGGCAGGAGCCGUGAGUGGGCAGCCAGGGGUUAACCAGGCGUCUGUGUCGAACAAUAACAAUGUGAGCGGCAGCAGCUCCAACAGCAACGUGACGGCGGGCGUGACCAGCGGCAAUGUGGCUGGAGGAGGCGUUAGCCAGAGCGGCGUAAGUAGCGGCGGCGUGGGCGUGGCCGGUGGCAGCGGUAGUGCGUCCAGCGUCGGUGUGAAUGUGAACAACAACAAUGCCGGCUCGGUGGGAGGAGCGGCGGUCGCUGCCCAAACAGCUGCCGGCACCGCAGCAGUGCUGGCCUCGCUGACCAACAAGAAUAGCAGCAGCAGUAACAGCAGCGGCAGCGGCGUUGGCGUUGGCGGUGGCGCCACAACAGCUGGUGGCGUCGGAGGCGCAAGCACCGGCAGUGGCGGCGGCGCUGGUUCUGGUGCUGGUAGUGGUGGUGGCGGUGGCAGCGGCAGCGGCUUGGUGCCCACCAACAUCCAAAUGGUUAGUCAAUAUAUUCAGACUGGAUUGCCAUACUAUCAGCAACCAGUUUAUUCCUACGAGGAAUUACAAAUGAUGCAACAGAGAGUGCCACAUGUGCAGGGAUAUUACGAUCUGAACUACACGCCAACCAGCCUGGGAGCGGGACGCGACAAUCUCGGAUCUGUGGCGUACUCAACCAUGACUGACGGACGCUUUGCCCGCACCGACAAUAACUCCAGUCCAGUAAGCAACGUGUCUAGCACAAUGUCUCAACAGGCGGGCUCAAGUGCACCCAUGCUGAAUGUUCCUUAUGCCUAUUUCUAUGGUGGCAAUGUGAUGCCUGGUGGUUUCCAGUACGGCACACCUGCCAUUUAUCCACAACAAAUACCGACGGCAAACACGGCAUCCGGUGGACAGUUCCCGAAGCCAUCGUACAGCGCGGGCUACGGCUCAACCAACUACGACACCCUCUCACAGACCACACAGGAUUACAGCAAGGGCGGCUACUCGACGAGCGUGAAUCAACAAACGAAAACCCAGACGGUUUCCAACCAGCCGCAGGCGGGCACUGCCUCUGACCUGACCUCAUCGAUGUACGGCAAGGGCCACGUGGCGCUGAACAAGUCGUAUGAUAAGCAGAGUUUCCACUCGGGCACACCGCCACCGUUCAACAUGGCCAACACGCAGACAGCGGGCGGUACCUCGGCCCAGCCGUACGGCAUGUACUUGCCGAUGCCAGCAGCCGGACACCACAAUAUGAUACAUCAGCCCAUACACCAGAUGGACGGCAGGAUUCAUAGCUCAUCCCGCCGGGACUCGAACAGCGCCGGGCAGCGCCAGCAGUCGAGCAGUCAGUCUAAGUCGGCCGGCAAGCAGGGCUACUCGCCCUCGUACUGGACCGGACAGAACUAGCUUCCGGAGAACACAAUCUGGCAGAUCGCUCUGCAGCCUGCCGCCUGCCUAGCGAGCGAAUUUUAUAGCCUCCGCACCACGCCCAUACACAUUUACAAGAACAAUCACAGCUACAACUACAGUAUCAGCAAUUCGGAAGCGUUGUCCGUAACCAAUACAAUGACAGCAGAAAUAGUGACCACUACAGAAGCCACCGCCGCAACUGGAGUCGCCACAGACGACGCCAACACAACCACGACCCAGCAUCAGCCACCACGCCCAGUCAUUUAUUAAUGCUGUUCGAGGAGCAGUCACAAUCUUAGCAGACAGAAGCCCAAUCCACACCCCAAACACACACACACACAACCACAAACACACGCUGUUGAAGAGGCGAGCGAGGAGUCGUCGUCUUCAUCGGACGAUGACUAUCUAAUAUACGAAGAUAAGCGAUCAUACUUUACUUAAUAAGAAACGUUUUUACUACGAGCGCACCGAAAAAGGCCACGCCUCCUCCUUCAGCAUGCCCAUGCCCCCAACCAACGCCCAUACCAUACCCUAAACAGGAGCACAGAGAGAGGAUGUGUGGCACAGGUGCAUCUAGGAUGCUACUCUCACGGACGUGUACACGCAUGAAUGCCACAUACAUACAUACAAACAAACAAACAAGAAACAUACAGCAACAUCCGCAUAAAUAUACCAAGUACCAUUUUCACAUUGCAUACAAAUAAAUCUACAAAGAUAAAGAGUAACAAUUAUUAAUUAUUAAAGGCGUAAAGCGAUGUAACAGAUUAGGUGCGUAAGAGGAAACAGAACAGAACAGAGCAGAAACCGAACAGAAAGCAGAACAGCAGAAGAGUAAAUUAAAAACUACGAGUAUAUAUAUUAAAGAGAACUAAAACAAAACAACAAACAUUACGUGGAUGAUAAAGAUAAAGCGAAAGAAAACAAAACAAACAACAAUUAUUGUAAUCGGUUUAAACUUAUAUGUAUAAUUAUAACCUUAAUAUUUAAACUAAAUACAAAAAAGAAGAUACGAUUAAAUCCAAACAAAUGCAAA